GCAAGUGUGCUCUGUUAAUAUGCCAGGCACGAACAGGAGACACUUGCUGGGGGCAGACUGCUUUUGGUGUCUUCACCAGCAGUACUGUGUAACGACUGUAGAAUUUGUCGAUCAGGUGAUCAGAACAAAUAGGGACGCUCAGGGACUACUGGAUGCAUGCCCAUGUUCUGCACCAACCCAUUAUCACAUGAUCAAGCGCAUGCUUUGCGCACUUGUAAUGUCUCUGUACACAAACAGAUCCAGUGAAUAAUUAAAACAAUGCCCAGCAUUUGGUGCGCCACGUGGCAACAUUGAUCUUCACACUGCCGUAAGAAUUCUUAUCAGGUCUUUGCACCCCAUAUCGACCGAUGGCUUUAGCAAGGAAAGAUGCUGAUUUCCAUCAAUUACAGUUGCACAGGACCAUGAGGAACAGGUUGUUGCGACAAAGUCAUGUAGUCCACUACACCUGUGCUGUCAUCCACACUUGCAAGCAGCAGCAGCUUGCGUGCACCAAAUGCGCUGCGCACUGCAGCAGCAAGAAGGAUGGGGUCUGGGGGAGUCCCCGGCUGAAGGAUGCGCACACAAGCUGCAGCAUGGCACGUGCUGGGAUCCCCAAUGUACAACAAGUAGUCUGCUCCAAAUUUGGACCCCGAUGUGAGCUGGUACCUCAAGGGAAGUCCUGCCCUUCACAGCACAGGAGAAGUCUGAAAUUCUGGCAAGUCUGCAUACUCUGCAUAUGUUCACAGGACAGAUCGAGCUCAGAGUCUUCUCAGAGUCUUCUCAGAGCAUGCAAGCUAUAUUGCUCUCCUUUAGCUGCAAAGAACGUCGCUCACAGCUGGUGCCCGUAGAUGUGUUCAGUGAUUGAAACCCUGAGAUCACCAAAAUAUGCUUUAUGCAGAACGAGAUCUGAGAUCACCGUUCCUCGUUUUAGAAGAAGACUCAAAAGAUUAUUGCUAGAUCCACACAGUGUAAUUUGGAGUCCUACAGAAACCCUUGAGAACCGUUCGAUUCUUCAUUG